ACGUGGGAAGUUCAAAGAAAAGACAUAGGUUUCCUCUAGAAGACAAUGAAGAAUUUAUUUCAGAAGCCGAAGACACCAGAACGCAAGCAGCAACAACCAUUACCACAACAACGGAUACCUCUAACUCUCAAAUUUCAACGUUUACUGUUACACAACAAUCAAGUUCACAAAGUAUCCAGCGAAAUAGGCGUCCAUUUUCUGAAGUAUGGGAUUACUUCGUUAAAGGAACUGAAAAAAACAACGGACACUAUGAGGCAACUUGUAGUUAUUGUGGGAAAAUAUGGGCACAAGGAAAACCAACGCAAUUAGAAGCACAUUUGGCAAACGAAUGUGCUG